UUUGUUUAGAGGUCAGAACCACCUCGAUGUGAUCGGGUCAUCCAUAAAAGUCACUUCAUGAAACCUACCCAAUAUUCACUGCAAGCUGUGCCGCGGGAGGACAAGAUGGAGAAAUUGUGGAUUCUCAUGUCGCUGCUCACAGUCUGCUGUGCACUCACCAAAGAUAUGUCCGGUAAAGUAUUUGUCUUCCCUGGGUCUGCGGAUCCAUAUGAGGUAAAACUGAAGACGUCCAAGAACAGCUUUGGUUCUUUGACCUCCUGUCUGAGGUAUAAGACUGAUGAUACCUUCCAACAUACUCUGCUGUCUUUGUCCACGACAUCACACACCAUCGGUUUCCACAUAUUGGUUUCUGAUACCAAUAAGAUUACUCUAACCGCAGCAGACACAGAUACCGACUUCAGUUCGCUGGACCUUGCUGGCAACACUUGGCACAGAAUUUGUGCUACCUGGUGCUCAGACACCGGGCUGGGGCAGUUGUGGUUGGAUGGCAAACAUACUGUCAAGAAAUCCACCAGCUCUGGAUCUGUAGUUUCAGGGAGCCCUGAAUUCACUUUGGGCAAGGGUCUGUUAGGAAUCGUGGAUUAUGAAACCGUGUUUAUUGGAAUGAUCUCAGAUGUCCACACGUGGGACUACGUCCUCUCGCCGACAGAGCUCCAGCACUACAUGGACAACACAGAGUUCCUCACUGGGAACGUGCACAACUGGAGGGCCCUGGACUUUAGCAUCACAGGGAAGGUUUUAGAAGAAGAAGACCUCAUGCUGUAG